AUGAUCUCAGUAAAAAUGUAUAAUUUUGAACAAUCAGCGGGUAACCAACAGAUAAAACCAUUUAUCUUAGUAGGUACCUCAGAGACUAAACGUAGUCCCCUUAAUAAUAUUAAGGGAAGAUAUAGUCCGUGAAACCAAAAAUGAUCAUUUAAUAGUUUAGUUGCUUCUAAUAUUAAUCCUUUAUUGAAUUUUGAUCUUAAAUUCAAUAUUCGUACUUAUUCUACUUCUAAUUUGUCGACUCCAACGGAGAAACAGGAUAAUACUGAUAAUUUAGUUCCUUUAAUUGCAUAUGAUAACUUUAAAGAAAAUAGAGUUAAUAUUUUAAAAGAACAAAAAGACAAAUCAGGUAUUUAUUGUUUAAUUAAUAAAAAUAAUGGUCAUUCUUAUGUAGGAAGUUCUAUUAAUUUAGCUUCUAGAAUGAGAAAUUAUCUUAAUACUGCUUUUUUAAAAAGUAAACAAAAUAUUAAUAUGCCUAUUGUUAAAGCCUUAUUAAAAUAUAAUCCGUCUAACUUUAAACUAUUAAUAUUAGAGUAUGUAGACUUAAAAACUUUAACCCUUAGAGAAACUUAUUAUAUAACAUAUGUAUUGCCGUACUAUAAUGUGUUAAAACAAGGUUAUUCUUCAUUAGGUUAUAUACAUACAAAGGAAACUAAAGCAUUAUUAUCCCAAUUGGCUAAAAAUAGAGUUCAUACUGACGAAACUAAAGCUUUAAUAGCUAGAGCUUUGACAGGUGAAAAUAACCCAUUUUACAAUAAAAGUCAUUCUAUGGAAAAUAAAGUAAGAAUUAUUGAAGCAAAAUCUGCUUAUCCUGUUUAUAUAUACAAUUCUUUUAAAAAGUUAUUAAUUAUCUUCCCUUCUGUAGGAACUUUGGCUAAAUUGAUUAAAUCUAAUCAUCCUACAAUAGUUAAUGUGAUAAAAGAAGGAAUUCUAUUUAGAGGAGAGUGAUAUUUUACUAAUAUACCUUACAAUAUAGAAGAUGCACCUUUAAUAACUGACUGAAAUUCUAAAGAAUCUGAGGAAUUAAUUUUAAAUAUAAAUAAUAACAGUCAGAUUAGAAAAGCAGUAUUUGUAUAUGAUAUGAAUAAGAAUUUUGUUGCUAAGUAUGAUGGAGUAAUGGAAGCCCAAAGAGCUUUAGGCAUAAGCCAUAGUACAAUUAAAAAUUAUGCUAAAGUAAAUGGUAUUUAUAAAGGUUAUAUCUUUAGAUACGAAAGAUUAAAUGAUCAAGAAACUUUUGGUUCGUAA